AUGCCACACGGCAUURGCAAGCAUAUUUUGAAAAAAGGAGAAUAUGUAUGGAGAAGUUGCAAUAAUUUCAUAGCUCUCAGAUGGAAGGACAAGCGCGACGUGUACAUGUUAUCAACGAAACACGAAACUAUAGAAAUGGUUGAGCAAUCUAACGGAGAAUUACGGAAAGUAAAAAAGCCUAACUGUAUCCUGGAAUACAACAGCGGUAUGGGUGCAGUUAAUCGUCAAGAUCAGAUGUUAGCCUCUUUCCCAAUAAUGAGAAAAGUUAUCAAAGGAUACCGAAAACUUUUCUUUUAUAUGUCAGACAUGGCUCUGUUCAAUACAUAUAUUGUGAAUAAAGCAAUUCACAGUCRAAARAAGGAGAGUUUUGUGGAUUACCGUAUAUAUAUAGCUGAGGCAAUUUUACAAGUGGUCAAACUACCGGACUAUAAAAGGCGUGGGAAAUCGACAUCAGGUGAAACACCUCUUCGACUCCAAACUCAACAUUGGGCUCAUUUCCCAAAAAAUAUCGAUCCGACUCCUCUGAAGAAGCAUCCAACAAGAACGUGUAAAGUUUGCUAUAAACGUAAAGUACGAAGAAAAACAACGUGGGAAUGUGCGAAAUGUAAAGUAGCUUUACAUUUACCAGAAUGUUUUAGGAAGUGUCAUACCAUAGAGGAUUUUUAG